GGCACAAACGAGGGGUAAUGAUCAGUUAAACAAUUUAGUCGCAUAUGAACGAAUGAAUGUCAAGAUUCCAUUGGAGCGAGGUAAUAAGGUUCACCUGGGGUGGAAGAAACCAGUCAGAAUGAUACCUUUUCCAUACACUCGGAGUACAGACGUUGUGUAACCCAUAGCUAACCCAUGCUGUCCAAGGCGAUGUCCCGUCAAAACUGGUUGGCACGACAUGUCCCCUUGCCCUCUUCCCUUGCGAAGAAAAAAGGCUCACAAUUUUGUUGUUUCGCUUCUUUGCAAGCAACCAACCAAAACUGAUCAGCUCCCCCAAAGAAUUCUUUGAAACAAGAUGCAUCGAUCUGGUUCUCCCAUGCCCGAGGUUUUCCUUCCAGUGGUCCCUAUGGCUCCCGGCGAAGUCACCAAAGAUGUGGAGCAGGGUGAGUCUCUUGCUGGCACGGACGAUUUGACAUCCGUUGACGUUUUCGACCAACAAACCAAGGUCAGCGCCUUGGACGAUCCAACUUUGGCGUCGGAGUACACUCCUCCCGUGUACGCCACAGCCAACUCCAUGGGCGGCGUCCCCAAGUCAGGAGUAUGGGGAGCAUUGCAGCGAAAGGUUUGCUUCUCCUUGCUUGUGCUGAUCGGAUCCAUCGUGGGAGUCUCGCACAUUAUUCGAUCCUUUGAUCCACACACCCAUGCCACUGCCACUGAGAUUGAAGGUAUCAACAGCAACUUCUCUGUAGAAAGCAACUUCACUGCAACUUCCCCAGAUGAUAACGACAUCACCAAUUUGGUCUUGACUACCGCUCCUUCCAUGCUUCCCACCACUUCCCCUCCCCUUCCAACAUCUGGAAAUGGCGAUAACGACGACAUCUUUGCAGAGUCCUUCCAAGAAAACGGUGAUAAUGCGGCCACAUCCAUCGAAGCAGCUGCAGAGCCAUUGCGAGAGUCAUCUUUGGGUGAGAUUGGCCAAUCGAUACCGACAAACACAAACACCCCUUCCACCACAAGUAGUUCCAAUGAGUCAACCAAUGCACCCACACCCGCCCCGACAAGUGCUUCCAUGACCAACGAACCAACCAACUCGUCACCUACCGAUACUGCUCCUGCCCCGACAACUGCUCCUCCUAGAACCUUUCCUCCCGUCUCGACAGCAGUACAAGGCAAUCUUGAAUCAAGUGGCAAUGGCAAUAACAACAUCAAUGGACAGCCACAGCAACAACAAGGAAACUCACAGCAAGGUAACUCACAACAAGGAGAAGGUGACGGACGCGGUUGUCGAGAUGGUGGUCAGCCCACUCCAACAUCGCGUGGUGGUGGUGGAGGCGGCGGUGGCGGUGGUGGAGGCAGAAGCCACAACUGGUGGGAUUAUCUUGGCGGCGGUGGAGGACGUGGAAAUAAUGGAGGAGGAGGCCAGCAAAGAGGAAAUGGGUGCCGAGGAGGAAAUGGUGGCGGCGGUGGUGGAAAUGGUGGCGGCGGCGGUGGUGGUGGUGGCAACGGAGGAAACGGCAACGGUGGAUUCUAGCAAGUGGAUGAAGCUCUUUGGUCCACGAGGAAGGCAAUACCACCCCUAUGGUCCUCUGAUCAUCAUAGAAUAAAGGCGGACAGUAGAGUCUGCAUUCUGCAUCCUGCAUCAGUACUAACUAAGAGUUAUUAGAAGUCAUCAAACCAAGUGACGCAGUAAAGCAAACAAGAGUUACUACAUGUAUGGAUGCAAAGAGCUGACCAGUAUCGUGGCAUGAUGCGUCAAGGGGGGUGCCCAUAUGACAUGUAAAUUAGCUUUUGCUGGGUUUUAUUGCACUGGGACCGGGCUCUGCUCCUCUCAAAUCACCUUUCCAUGGAGAUCGAACUUCGCCUGCUAUCGAACACUGCUUUCAGAGCAGGGCGGACUGGGUGGGUACAAGAGUUAUCCGACGUCCUUCC